AAGCAACUGAUCUCAUAGCAACUUCAAGCACCUUUUCCAAUAAUGUCACACAACAGCGCUGGUCAGAAUUUUUUUUCAAGUCUCAGGAAGCAUAUUAAAGGGAUUUCAGGGCGAUCUCAGAAUGAAGAAGUACCAAGGAGACAUAGGCGAGCAGGGCCUUGACAAGCCGUGAAUAUGGAAGCCUUGAAUCCAGUGCAGUAUAACAUCACAGAAGCUGUUCCCACUCUGGCACCUGCCACUACUCUUUCUCUGCUGCUCUUCAUUUUUGUGCUCAUCAUUCUAUGGAAUCAAGAGGAGACAUCUCUGAUACCAGGCCCAGCUUAUUGCAUGGGACUCGGGCCCCUCAUUUCUUAUGGCCGUUUUCUACUGACAGGAAUUGGCAAAGCAGCAAAUUACUACAACAACAUGUAUGGAGAAUUUGUGAGAGUCUGGAUUAAUGGCGAGGAAACACUGAUUAUCAGCAAAUCUUCAGCAACAUUUCACAUCAUGAAACACAGCCAUUAUGUCUCACGCUUUGGAAGCAAGCUAGGGCUACAGUGCAUUGGCAUGAAUGAAAAUGGCAUCAUAUUCAAUAGCAACCCAUCUCUAUGGAAGGUCAUUCGGCCAUACUUCAUCAGAGCUUUGUCUGGUCCAGGACUUAUGCAAACAACAGAAAACUGUAUAAGAUCUACAAAUCACUACCUGGAUAACCUGAGUAAUGUUACAAAUGAACUGGGAAAUGUAGAUGUCCUUAAGCUAAUGAGGCUUAUUAUGUUAGAUACAUCAAACAAUCUCUUCCUAAGGAUACCCUUAGAUGAAAAUGAAAUUGUUCUUAAGAUCCAGAAAUACUUUGACGCCUGGCAGGCUCUGCUUCUGAAACCAGACAUCUUCUUUAAAAUUUCCUGGCUGUACAAGAAAUAUGAAAAAUCAGCAAAUGAUCUGAAGGAAGCUAUUGAACUUCUCAUUGAACAGAAAAGACAGAAACUCUCAAGUUCUGAGAAGCUGGAUGAGGAUAUGGAUUUUUCAUCAGAACUCAUAUUUGCCCAGAAUCAUGGAGAUCUAACAGCUGAGAAUGUCAAUCAGUGUAUUCUGGAAAUGCUAAUAGCUGCUCCCGAUACCAUGUCUGUAUCUCUCUUCUUCAUGUUAGUUCUGAUUGCUCAACACCCAAAGAUAGAAGAAGGAAUAAUGAAUGAAAUGGAUAAAGUUAUUGGUGACCGGGAUGUAGAGAGCAAUGACAUUCCAAAUCUUAAAAUUCUGGAGAGCUUUAUUUAUGAAAGCAUGAGGUACCAACCAGUGGUAGACCUGGUUAUGCGCAAGGCUCUGGAGGAUGAUAUCAUUGAUGGUUACUAUGUGAAGAAAGGCACUAACAUCAUUUUAAACUUGGGGCGCAUGCACAAAAUUGAAUACUUUCCAAAACCGAACGAGUUCACCUUGGAAAAUUUUGAAAAGACGGUUCCAUAUCGUUACUUCCAGCCCUUUGGCUCUGGUCCACGUGCAUGUGCCGGGAAGUACAUAGCCAUGGUGAUGAUGAAAGUCAUUCUGGUUACUCUUCUCAAGAGGUACAAAGUGCAGACAUUGAGAGGAAGAUGCCUGGAGAAUAUCCAAAAUAACAAUGAUUUGUCCAUGCACCCUGAUGAAAGUCAACCUUCCUUAGAGAUGAUCUUCAUUCCUAAAAACACAGCAGAGUUCAAACUGUAACAGUGAAUAUAAUCCCAUAUAUGUCAACUCUGGAAAUUACAAAUGUUAUUAGCAUAGAGUUGGUGACAGUGUUGGUCUGUGUUAAACUUUGAUUUAACCGCUGCUCUUGUUUGCUCUUUGUAAUUAUCAGUCACUAAAAAUAGUGCAACAAUCAUAACUGUCAGGGUUUUCAGUUUUUCUACUGUUAAUGUUGGAAAAUGACAUUCAGCAGCUUUAAAGGAUGAGUAAAACCAACAAAUGAAAAUGUCCUAAAGGGUUUUUAACAGAAUUGCCAUUCAAGCAGUUUAUAAAAAGCUUGAUAUCUACAUUUGAAAAUACUUGUUUUUCUGGUAAGGCUUCGGGGAGCAGUUUGUUAAUAUGUAUUAUCCAAGGCCCCAUUAAAUACAGUAGAGUGGGCAGAACAUUAUUUAGACAACAAACCAAAGAUGGUUGUGCAUGACAGGGCUUUGAUUAGAAGAAAACAUUUUAAUUGAAUUUAAGAAUAGAUACAAAUAUGCCAGGUCAAACUAAUCAUUUUAUUUUUUUUGUGUCACUGUUUUUUAAAGGCUGUGCUUUAUACUCCUGUCCAGUACAGUGAUAUUUUUAUUGUUUAUAUUUAUCAGUAUUAUUGAUAAUAAAAUAUGCCUAUAUUUAAAAAAAA